UGGUUUUAUUUUGAACGUGAAUACGUCGUUGAAUUAUUCUGCACGUACUCGUCGCCAACUUCGGACGCACUGUGUGUAUAGUCGCCAAGUCAUACUGCGUACGUUUUAUUCUCGUACACUUCCUUUUGUCGUUUUCGGUAUUGCACCAGCGCGCAUACUAACUAAACUGUGCCAGUGCCCAGUGCCAGUCUACAUCACUUUCUUUUGCAACGGUAUCACAACGGUGUGGUGUGACCAUAAUCAGAUUUUUCAACAUAGAGUGCAAGUGUUGGAGUGACCGGUGGACAAUGGCGGGUGGUAGUAGAUAAUCAACCCCAGUCAUGCAUAGUGGUAAUCGCCAACUACGUGUAAUUGUUGACCACAAUUGCUAGCCAGAUCCCAUUCGGCGUUCAGCACUCACACGUAAACAUCCCUGCACCAGCCUCUCCGGGCAUACGGGACUUGGCGGAGAUAUCACAAUUAUAGACAAGGCAUACACCGCACAACGUGUUGCCAUUAAGUACGCACGUAACGUACAAAAACGUAUUUGAACGUGCAGUUGAUGUGGACCGUUCGGUACGCGGUCAAUAAAACUCAAAGUCAUCUGAACGCACGUCGCGUACGGUCCGUACACGGACUCGGUAGGAUUCAAUUGGAAUUACUAAUCCGAAUUUGCCGAAUUCGUCAGACACAAAUUCGCAUGUGCCAACCGGAAGGCAACACUAACGCCAGCCGAUAACCUUCAUACGUUUCCUCAUUGUAAAUUAGACCGCCUCCCACAUUUAUAGUUAAAAUAUUUGAGUGAAAAUUUUAAAUGAUACGCUCAGUGCUUAGUGUGAGUGUUUAAAUGAAAGUGAAAUUAUUAAAAAUAUAAAAUAGUAAUUGUUAAUUGUAACAUUUAACAAAUUCAUAAAAUAUAGAAUUUGUUUAUUCGUGAUCAAUAUUAAGAAUGCAAUGAAUUGGAAUGUGCCACAAACGUGUACGCAUGGAUGAAAGAACAUGCCCAUAGAGAUCGUUAAAAUAUAUGUGAUUGAAAACGUGGUUAAAACGCACAAAAUAUACGAUUUAAAAAAAAAAUUGCGUAAAAUUACUAAAUUCCUUUUUAACAGUGUGAUAAGCGUGCCAUAAUAUUAAAUACGUACAUAUGAGGUGUGCAUACAUGUUUUCAACUGAAGCAAUAGUGUUUUCGUAUUGACGCAGUUAUAAAGCGUAUAAUUAUUGUACGGUUUCAUCGGUUCAAAGUAGCAUUUAUUAAAAGAACUAAUUAAUCAGCAUUCGUCAUGUUGCCCUAUCAGGCUGUUGCAAUGGAUUAUGCUGGUUACCAGCGGCAACCUACGCCCGGACAUCCUGGAAAUCACAUGUCAGCGAUGGGUUCGCUGAGCAUGCCCGGUGUGGCGGCUGGACCCUUCACACACUCAUGGCUGGUGCCAACGCAGGACCUGUGCGCUAUGCCCUAUGGCAAAAUGACGAGUCAGCACCAAACCGGCGGAAUGCACGGUCCACAACAGCCCAUCGAACCAGGAAUUCUCGAACUUCGGAAGGAAAAGUCGCGAGACGCAGCAAGAUCUCGACGUGGCAAGGAAAACUACGAAUUCUACGAAUUGGCGAAAAUGCUUCCUCUACCUGCGGCUAUAACAAGCCAAUUGGAUAAGGCUUCCAUUAUAAGACUGACAAUAAGUUAUCUGAAAUUAAGAGAUUUCUCUGGGCAGGGCGAUCCACCAUGGACUCGAGAGCCGUCGAGUAGUAGCAAAUUAAAAAGUGCUGCAAUUCGACGUAGUCCUGCCGUAGACUUAUUUGAACAACAUCAAGGCACACACAUAUUGCAGUCACUAGAUGGAUUUGCAUUAGCUGUUGCGGCCGAUGGACGAUUUCUGUACAUAUCGGAAACGGUAUCUAUUUACUUAGGCCUCUCACAGGUAGAAAUGACAGGAAGUAGCAUAUUCGACUACGUCCAUCAGAGCGAUCACGCAGAAAUUGCCGAACAACUGGGGUUAAGCUUAACCAAUGGUGGCAUUGCAGCUGGUGGCAAUGGUAGUGGUACAACUGGACUAGCGUCCCCCACAUCGGGAGCGUCAGACGACGGUGUUGGUACACAUGGAACGAAUAACCCUGAUGUGUCUGCACAAAUGACCGUGUCCUCAACCAGCGGAUAUAAAGGCUACGAGCGAUCGUUUUGCAUUCGCAUGAAAUCGACACUCACCAAACGAGGCUGCCAUUUCAAAUCCUCCGGCUAUAGGGCAAACGAUCAAUCGGUCAGUGGUGGUAAAAAUGGUAAACCAACGGGCACUAAUUAUUCGGUAGUUUUGCUAUUGUGCAAGCUGCGACCGCAAUAUACGUUCUCACACACACGAAAAUCUCAGCCUCCUUUGUUGGGCAUGGUCGCUCUAGCGAUUGCCUUGCCACCUCCUUCCGUUCAUGAGAUACGUCUGGAAUGCGACAUGUUUGUAACGCGAAUCAAUUUCGAUUUUCGAAUAGCACACUGUGAGCCAAGGGUGUCUGAUUUGCUGGACUACAACCCCGAAGAUCUUGUCAACAAGAGUAUGUACAACCUAUGUCACGCUGAGGAUGCCAUUCGGUUGCGAAAAAGUCAUAUGGAUCUAAUAGAAAAAGGUCAAGUUCUCACGGGGUACUUUCGGCUGAUGAACAAAAACGGCGGCUACACUUGGUUGCAAACCUGUGCAACGGUAGUUUGCAGUACAAAGAAUGCUGACGAACAAAAUAUAAUUUGCGUCAACUAUGUUAUCAGUAAUCGAGAAAACGAGAAUCUCAUAUUGGACUGCUGCCAGAUGGAACCUAGUGUGGAUUGUAUUAAACACGAAGAACUUGUCAGUGACAAGAACUCUGGUUCGCCUAACAGUGAUGCCGCACCUGAAGGACAAGCCGGUGUUGGUGGCAAUGCGAAAGACUCAACACCCAAGGCUGAUGGUGAUGGUCACAACCAACGUUCUCGUGGACGCGGUUCAAGUUCCACUGUUAAUACGAACUCUAGCAACUUAACUUUAGUUAAAGAUAGUCCUAAUUCUGUAAGUGUUGAAAUGGAAAAUGGGACGAGUUCUUUACCUACAACUGUGGCCACACCAGCAGCAACUCCUACCACAACAACAAAACGCAAACGAAAAACCAAAGCAUCUCUGCAAAUCGAAGAAAACUCGGAUGUGAACACAGUUAAUGUUUCGGACACGGAUACUCAACCGCAAACGAAAAUACCAACCAUAGAAAGGGAAGUGUCACGUAGCCGUUUGCCGUCGACAGUAGAACAGAUCCCACAGCAGCCGCAGCAAGCGCACAUUUCCCAACAACAACAGACGCAGCAACAGAUACAGCAGUCACAACAACAGCAAGCACAUUCUGAGGCUUCCGUGAAGGAUUUGGAAAAUGCUAUGACAAAACACUUGCCCUCACCCGGAAUAAAUAGUAGCGAUGCGGCGGUAAUUGCCACAGAUUUUAGCACAGACGCUCUUUUAAAACAACAGCAACAAAACGAAAAGAGCAGCACUAUACAAUGGAUCGGUGCGCCACACUAUCAACAGCCAGCGCAAAUGCCUGCCACCGCGCUGCUGCGGCAACUUUAUGCAAAUCGCGAAAGCGUCAUAAGAGCUACAGCUCGUCAAACACCGACCGGCGUCUUUUACGGUGACCAACAGGGUGGACCUUUGCCCACUCCACCAGGCAGUGAGUCGUCCUAUGACAAUCACCAAUAUCUACAACUUCAUCCCGCCCAUCCACAAAAGUCCUCUUCAGAUGCAUUCACAAACUUGGUAUCCACAUACGGUGGUUAUCACACCUCUAUCGAUUAUCAUAAUGCUAUGACUCCGCCUAGUUCAGUAUCACCGCGUGACAGCAACAAUACCAUAAAUGCAACCAAAGCAACCUCUCACAACAGUAACGGCUAUGAUUAUACGGACACACUUCGUGUUCAGUAUUCAGCACCGAACAACGCUGGCGAAAGCAGUGGCACACCUGCUCUACCACUUAAGCCACAGCCAUACUCGGCCGCAACGGCCACCAUGCACCAUCCGCACCCAAGUGCCGACGCAUCCAGCAUUACAUACGGCAACUUAGAUCAAUCACAAUACUUUCCACCACAUUCCAGCUUUCAUUUAUAUCAUAAAGGUACACCACCCAGUGGCUGGUACUCGACACCAUCAUAGGUCAGCCUUCAGAACUGCAAUUUGCAGCAGCAGUGGGGAACACAGAAAGAACAGCCAUUGCAGCAAGUGGAACUGCAUCCAAAGGAGAGUUGGGAUAUUGUUGGAGCACUUGGAAAGGUUGCCAGAAUGUUCUUCAGUGCCCGUAGGGGUAAUUAAAGAAAGGGCAGUACUACUAACUCGAAAGAAAAUUGCCUUGCUUGUUAAACUCACGAACGCAGCGCGAAAUAUAGCGACCCAAUUCAACUGUCGUGUAAUAUGGUUCAUACAUAACAUACUUAUACAUAUGCACAAGUAUGUCCAAUAGAAUGUAAGGAAAAUAUUAUAUUUCACACUAUCGUUCGAAAAAUUGUAUACUACUUCUUUUCUGAAAAAUUAUAUAUAUUGACCGUAUAUACAUAUGUACCUAUACAUUCAAACGGGUAUACCUGUAAAUGUAUAGUAUGUAUGUGUGUAUGUACAUACAUAUAUGCUUCGGCUAAUAACUUUUGUGAAAUUCUAAAUUUCCUGCAUUAAAUACAUUAUAUAUGUAUGUAUGUCUAAAAAUAUACAGUUAUGCUACAUGUAUAUACAUACUCGGCCAUUGAAUAUUACAACUAUUUAAACAUUUACUUUUAAUUAGAAAUUCGUUAAUCGGCUUCGUAGAGCUCUAAACUCUUCGAAGUAUAAAUGGUAUAUACACAUGUACAUAUUUAACUGUUAAAUUUUGUUUCCCUUUCCAUUUGAAUUUGGCUUUAAAUACUUUUUCAAACUUUCAACUAGACACAUGAAUAUUAUGAAAAUCUGUAAUAAAAAAUAAAUAAUAAAAUUGUAAGUAAAAUAUAAAUAUGAGCACAUGACACAUUUGUACAUUUCAGAAUUUAAAAUAUUUAUAAAAUGAAAUAUGUGAACCAACUAAAAUUGUAUAUUUUUCGGAUGCUAUAAGGUUAUAACUAAGGAAAUACUCGAAAUGAACAAUUUCCCAUUAUUAAUGGAUAACAAAUAACCAAUUGCUUAUAUAAGACUUAGAUAGUGUGCCAAUAAUGCAAAGACAAAAAAAUAUUAUAAAUUUAAGAAAUUAGAAGUGCAUUUUGUAUUGUUAUUAAUUAUUUAAGCUACAUACUAGCGGUUUACUUAAACGUUUAUAUACAAUUAAGGACAGAUAUCUGCAUGUCGCAAAUACAACCCUAUGACAUACAUAUCAAUCAUUUUUGAAUUUUGUUUCUCUUCCCGUGAUGGAAGUGCACAUUCCUUGCAAGUUUUGUGAAUUAGUGCAAUUAUAUGUAUUUGUAUGUGAAUAUAUAUGUAUGUGUAUAUGUACGUAUGCAAAUGCAAGCAUACUUGUAUAUAUGUGUAUAAUAUAUACGAACGCUUAAUUUCAAAUCCCAUUCGAUUCCCACCGCUCAUUCCCAAACUUAUUUCGUUUAUAUGAUUUUGCAAUUGUUAAGACGAAAGGAAGUUGGCCUGUAAAUACCUACUCUAUAUAUAUAUUAUAUUUAUACAUAUAUGUACAUGUAUAUAUACACAUACACAUAUACCUAUAUAAAAUACAAUUCGAUUGUAUGUGCAUACGUUUGGACCCAGUUAAAAGUAAAAUAGGUAAAAAAUAUAGGUGGAUUUGGAAAGUAAAUACAUAAUAAUAACUGCACAUACAUACAUAUACUUAAAUAAAAUAAAUGGAAAAAUUAUAUAAAACUACCUUAAUAUCAUA